UCACUAAAAAUUUAAUAUGAGGAUAUUUUUUGCAUUAAUAAAUAAGUCAUAGUCUAUUUAAUCAUGGAGGACAGGGUGUAGUGCAGUCACACUCACAGGGGAGCAACAGUCUACCUGCUGGACUGCAGAAACCUGCCUAAUAUACCUGCUGCUGAGAGGAUUACUGCGUUUGAAAUUAAAGGUAGGUGCAGUCUGUAAAUCUCUUAUGAUAAAUGACGAAGAGAAAAAGAAUUACUAGCAUGUGUGUGACCACAUGAAUUGGCAUAUUACCAAUCAGGUAAUGUUGCCAUAGAAUUGUAUCUUGUCUGAGUUAUGCCUUAAUGUUGCCAAGCAGAUUCUAUUUCUGCCAUCAAUUUGAAGCCUGGCUGCUGGCAGAGGUCACUGUAGGGCAAUAAAUAUAAAUUUCUCCUGGGGGAUGACAAGACUGCACGACAUGCAUGUAUGAAAAAUUACUACUAUGCUUCCAAGAAACUCCUAUGGGGUUUGAAAGCCUUCAAGUGCACUGUGCCCGGUGUGGGAAUGUAAUAACCGCCUGAUCAUUUCCCCCCAAAAUCAAACAAUUUUGCUGAAGCUACAAUCCUGACAAAAUUAUCAGACUAUCAUAGUGGAUUGUUGUAAAGUGUGUGUGUGUGAGUGUGUCAUCCAGCCCUCCCCUCCCCUCCCCCGCCCUCCAUCUCUUUGUCCCUCCUCUAUAGUCGUCGGAGGAGCGCUCUCCAUCUAGCCGCGCAUCCUGCUCCAGAGCACUAACAGGAUGAUCCGCCGCUGCACCGUCACCGACAACCUUCACUUCACUUUCACACUCAUUUAACCCUUCACUCGGACCCCCGCACUACCCCCCCAUGCUUUGCCCUCCUCCUGAGAUGCGAUACCACUGCACAGUUUCCCGGAGAAUAUCUUCAUCUUCCGUCGCUCCUCGCUGAUAGAGAGCAUGCCCGACACGGGGACGGCAGCGGCAGGCGCAGCCGCCGCGGCGGCUGCCGCCGGUGGCGCGACCACCGUCGGCGACGGCCCCGAGAGCUCCCGGCACCGACACCGAACGCAGCAGGGAGACGCGGAGAGGCCGGAGCCGGGCGCCGCUGCACCACAGACCUCCUCCGGUGUACUGGAUAAGUUGUUUGGAAAGCGGCUGCUGCAGGCUGGGAGACACAUCAUGUCUCAUAAGUCUUGGAUGAAAACGGUGCCCACAGAGAACUGUGAUGUCCUCAUGACAUUUGCAGACACUACAGAUGACCACACGUUGCUAUGGCUACUAAACCACAUCCGGCUGGGAAUCCCAGAGCUCAUCAUCCAAAUUCGACAUCACAAGCACACACGAGUCUACGCGUUCUUCGUCACUGCUACGUAUGAAAAUUUGCUGCGAGGUGCUGAGGAGAUGGGACUGAGGAAAGCGGUGAAGCCUGAGUUUGGAGGAGGAACAAGAAGCUUCUCCUGUGAGGAGGACUACAUCUAUGAGAACAUUGAGAGCGAGUUGUGCUUCUUCACCUCGCAGGAGAGGCAGAGCAUCAUUAAAUACUGGCUGGACAAUCUACGUGCCAAACAUGGGGAGGUGCUCCAUAAUAUCAACUUCCUGGAGGGCCAGCCAAUCAUCCCAGAGCUGAGUGCGCGAGGUGUGAUCCAGCAGGUGUUUCCUCUCCAUGAGCAGAGGAUCCUCAGUCAGCUGAUGAAGUCCUGGGUCCAGGCUGUUUGUGAGAAACAGCCCUUAGAUGACAUCUGUGACUACUUUGGGGUGAAGAUUGCCAUGUAUUUUGCCUGGUUGGGUUUCUACACCACUUCUAUGUUGUAUCCUGCUGUGAUCGGCUUUGUGCUGUGGAUGCUCACUGAGUCAGAUCAGACCAGCCGUGACAUUUGCUGUGUGGUAUUUGCACUGUUCAACGUGGUGUGGGCCACUCUGUUUCUGGAGCGGUGGAAGAGGAGGGGGGCUGAGCUGGCGUACAAGUGGGGAACACUGGACACGCCUGCUGAAUCCCUGGAGGAACCACGGCCUCAGUUCCGGGGAGUCAAGCGCUGUAGUCCCAUAACAGGAUGCGAGGAGUUCUACUAUCCUCCGUGGCGGAGGCGUGUUUUCAGGUGGCUGGUCAGCCUGCCCAUCUGUAUCCUCUGUCUCUGUUUUGUCUUCCUGGUCAUGCUCAUCUGCUUUGAGCUGCAGGAAUUUGUGAUGGGGAUCAAGGAAAUGCCUCGGCUAGCUCGCUUCAUCCCCAAAAUUAUGCUCGCCAUCACUGUGACUGCAUGUGACGAGGUGUACAGGAAAAUUGCCUGCUGGCUCAAUGACAUGGAAAACUAUAGACUCCAGAGUGCCUAUGAGAAAAAUCUCAUCAUCAAAAUGGUUCUUUUUCAGUUUGUAAAUUCUUAUCUCAGCCUUUUUUACAUUGGAUUCUACCUCAAAGACAUGGAGCGCCUGAAAGAGAUGCUGCUGGUGUUGUCUCUGUUAAGGAGUCUGCAGCGGCAGGUCCGGGUCAAUGUGCUGCCUUCCCUCUUCCUCAAGAUCAAGAUGCUUGUUCCUUGGUUCUCACGGGCUUUACUCAAGUCCAAAAUGCUGGCCACUCUGCUCAUCAUUCGCCAAUUCCUUCAAAAUGUGAAGGAGGUGCUGCAGCCUUACCUGUAUGAGCGCCACAAGCUGGGCGAGCUUACACUGCGAGCUGUGUGGGACCUGCUGCUCUCGGUGCUGCUGAAAUACGCCCGGCUGGCAGCUGGAAAAGCCCAGGUCUCUCCUAGUGACCAGUCCAUGCCGGGACCUGGACUGAGGGGCACCAGGCCUGGGGUGGGACAGCCAGAAAGAAGGGAGAAGAAGUGUUUAAAUGGGGGAUGCGGGGUGCCUGACGAAGAAGAGGGAGGUGAGAGGGAUGAGGCUGACAGCGGGAGGUUCAGCGAAGGAGAGACGGAGGAGGAAAGUCUGAUCGACUGUGGUUUGAAGCUGAGGAAAGUCAGCUUCAUAGAGAAGGUGGACAGAAGGCCAGUCUGCAGUGGCCCCCCCUUGGACAACAGCUUCCUAGAAGAGGGAAGCCCCACCAUGGUGGAAAAGGGAAUGGACCCUGCCUCUGUGUUUGAAAUGUGUGACGACGACGACGACAACGGCAUCCAUGAUGUGAAGGAGUCAGGUGGGGGAGGAACAGGUGUGGCUGAGGGAAUUAAUGCCGCUGCUGGUGCCACCGCUGCUGCUGCUGCCACCGCCAGCGCUGCUCCGCUGCCUUCUGGGUCUGAGAGCAGCACGUCACUGCGACACAGGAGAAGAGGCAGGAGCACAGAGAGACCCGAGCCAAAAACAAAAAGGGAAUCAUGGAUGGACCCACCAGAAGAGAGAGAGAGCACCACGCUCACUCAGGCUGAGAUGGAGAGCUGCAUGCAGACUUACGCAGACACCUUCCAGGACUACCAAGAGAUGUUUGUCCAGUUUGGAUAUGUGGUGCUCUUCUCCUCAGCCUUCCCUCUGGCUGCCAUGUGCGCACUCAUCAACAACAUCAUUGAGAUCCGCAGCGAUGCCUUUAAGCUCUGCACUGGUCUGCAGAGGCCCUUUGGGAUCAGAGUGGAGAGCAUCGGCCAGUGGCAGACGGCAAUGGAAGCCAUGGGCCUGAUUGCCAUCAUAGUGAAUUGUUACCUGAUUGGUCAGUGUGGUCAGCUGCAGCGUCUCUUCCCGUGGCUCAGCCCUGAGAUGGCCAUCAUCUCUAUCGUCAUCCUUGAGCACUUUGCCAUUCUCCUGAAGUACAUAAUCCAUGUGGCCAUACCUGACAUUCCUACAUGGGUCCGUGAGGAGAUGGCUAAACUGGAUUAUCAGCGCAGGGAGGCCUUUAAGAAGCAUGAGCGGCAGGCACAGCAGCACUACCAGCAGCUGCAGAGGAGGAAGAGGGAGGAGGAGGAGAGGCAGAGGCAGGCGGAGCAUAUGGCCCGCAGGGAGAGGGAGCGGGACGACAGCAAGGGUGACUCCUCCGGGGAUCACCACCACGACAAAAGUCACGGCAGCAAAUCGCGCCCCGGGGGUGGAGGAGGAGGGGGCAGUGGGUCAGACAAACCCAAGAGGCCCAGCUCUCUGCUGGCCAACAAUAAUGUGAUGAAGCUGAAACAGAUCAUCCCACUGCAGAGCAAGUUCUCCUCGGGUGGCGCCCGCUCCCCGCAGUCACCCACCGGCAGUGAGCCAAAGCUGCCCGGUUUCCUGAGCUUCAAAUUCCUCAAGUCACCUGAGAAUAAGAAGGAAGGUGCUGCGGCUUCGGCAGCUGCUGCCACAGCCGCUAGUUCCGCUGCAACAGCAUCGUCAUCGUCAUCUUCAUCAUCAGGUAGCAGCUCUCAGGAGCGUUCUCAGUCACCCAGCAAAGCCUUCAACCCUGGGAAACUGUUUAACUUUGGGAAGUCCGAGGGAGGGACGUGUGUGAACGGGGCCCCGCUGCCCAGAUCCGGGGAGGGAUCGACAUCACAGACAUCAGAAAGGCAACCUUCCAGGUCUGACUUGAAUGGCGUUCCGGACGAGAUCCCCUCGCCUGGAGGGGAAGAGUCCGAGAACGGACAUUCAACAGACUUGGACUCGGCCGGCUCUAAAGUCUAGUAGCUCCAGAGAACAAAACUUGUCUUUGGUUACAUCUCAACUGAAGAAGUGAUGUGUUUACUGUGAGGAAAGGCCUGACCUACCCUCUGUAUUGUCAUAGGCCAUGUGUAGAUGUACUUGAAGCAGAGAGGGAGAGGAAAAGAUGAAACAGAUGAGAGGUGACUGUUGUUUUGGUUUGCUUUUUUGCUGAGAGACACAAAACAGGCUUUAUAAGAAAGACGUAAGCCUUCCUAACAUGACCGAAAAAAAAAAACAACACACACACACGCACACACUCCCUCACACACACGAACACAAACAUACAAAUCCUUCCUUGUCUGCAAUACAUAAAGAAAUGCAUGAGCUGCGUUUCUAAUAUUUUUAAGCCUUUAAAGCAGAGAACUGUGUUUCUUGAUUUCUUCUAGUCAGAAAUUGUAAGCAUCUCGGUGGCCUCCCGCCAGGACAGCUUGUUGUGGAGGAAAAAAAGAUUUUAAAAACUUAAUACAGUGGUAUGAAAGGAUCACCGAUCAUCAAAUAACAACUGAGAGUGUUCUUUAGCCGUCACAACACAAGUGAUCAUUAGAUAUCCGUCGCAUUUUUAACCGUGAGGAAUUCUCGGUGGCCCCUCACUUUUGUAUUGAAGUGGAAAAAUGGAAAAGCAAUAUCAGUCAGUGUUUUAAUUAUUCUUAUCAAUCAUCACAUAAACCCUUCCUUAAUAAGCAUCCCUGAUACAUCACCAGCUUUAUUUUCAAAGCAGAGGUGAUGCCUGAGCUUUGUACGCUUCCUCCCCAUGGCAGAAUCAGAUCUGUUCCAAAACAAAGUAACAGGCUUACUAAGUCGAGCUGUUACAUGCCAGUAUUCCCCACCCCCCCUCCAAGAGAGCAAGUGGAAGAGAGACAAGAAAAAGCAAAACUAAAUAAAUAAAAGCAGAAGUAGACAAAAGGUGAUUCGGGGGGAAAAAAUGGAGCAUGGAAGCCUGUUGAGUGCUGUUCUCCAUCCAAACCCACAGAGCACCUUGUAAACACAGAUGGUGCUCCGUUCCACACACUCUAACCAGACUUGGCAAAAUGAACGGAGAGUUACAGAAGUUAACAUUUGCACUAAACCCUGACGCCCUGCAUGGAAACAUAUCUCUCUCUGCGAGAAAGAAAGAGAGAGAGAGAAAGAGCUGACACCAGCCUGCCUCAUAACAUUAUGCAAAAGCUGGAUUGUUUUCUUCCUUUCACACAGAACACAUCAUCUCCUCACCCGUCCCUGCUCUCAGCAAGUGUGGGGUUUUCCUAAAUAUUCAGACAAGGCUUUUUUUUUAAAAAAAACAAUAGUUGCUCUUAUUUGUGUUGAGCUCAUUAUCUUUUUUAUAUGCGCCAUUUGCUGAUUUCCUUUUUUAAACAGAGUGUUAUUUUUUCGGAUUAUACUGUUAUCCCAAGAUAAUAUGUAUGUAUGUAUAUUCUGUUAAUCGUGUACUUCAACACUGUCUAAGCAGCAACAACAAAGAAAGCGAUGCCCAUCAUCAUCAUCAUCAUCAUCAUCUGCAGCGGUGCGUCACUUCUGCAGAGUCUCCACAAGGUGGUGCCAGAGUUUAUCUGCAUAGAAAAAAAUGUGUUGUCUCACCACUGUUGACUAUUUACCCAUAACAUCAGUGUCUAGUCAUCAGUAUACAGCCAGGGCAGCAGAAUAAGAGUGUGUGGCUGCAGUAGAAGAGCACACUGAAAGGGAAAUGCAUUAUGGGGUCAUAAAACAACGUAUACAGUGAGAAAACUGUACUGGAUGUUGAGAGACAGAAACAUUAACUAUGCAUCUCCACACCGUCACCUCUGGCAAGGAUUUUGGCAAUAACUGAGUUGUAGGAGACUUAGCAUGUAAUACUAUGAGACUAGACUUAACCUCCCCACCUGCAGCAACGAUUCCUACUGCAUUAUCCCCAGCCAGACUCUAUGCAUCUUUUCUUUGUGCCCCCACAACGUCCACUCAGUAACAGCUCUCUCAGCAUCGUCUCGUAUUUAAUGUGACGAAUCUCUCCUGAGACCCAAUUAAAAAUAAUAACAAUAACCUCAUUUAUUUACUGCUUUGUGUUUACAGAAUCUGUCUAUUCUAGGGGUGAUGAUAACACAAAUUUAUGUUCUGUUGCUCCUCUCUUUUCUGUUCACAGUAAGUAAAGUCCACAUUUCAAUCACAUGCCUAAAGAAAAUACAAAAAUAUACUUCCGCAGAAAGGCAAAAAGAUCUUAGCGACAUUAAAUGCAAUAAGGAAAUAGGACAUUUGUGUGGUCACAGUAUCGUUUUACUCAGAAUCUACGGUGCGUUCUUUUGUGUACUUGGAAGUCAUUGUUCAUAUGUAUAUGGAAAAUGAGAAGUGCAAGGCCGAGAGAAAUUUAAUAUCUACAGUGUCUGAGCAUCGUUCUCACAGGCUGGUCAUUGUUAAAGGCAAACUUCACUGCAGAACAACAGUGUAACAGAGAUCAGGAUGGUGCAGCGUAGCUAAACAUAGUCUCAUCUAAACCUUUUGCAGCACUUGGAUUUCAGGGGUGAAUGACGCCCUGAUGCAAUAGAGUCUAUUUAUCAUCAUUUGAAAGUUUUUGUGGAGAGGGCAAGCUGGAGUCCUGGUAGAGGUAACUUAAUGAGAAGGCAGAGAUAAGGGCAUUUGCCGACACUGGCAUAUCACAGUGGAGUUUAGGUCUUGCCGCCAUGUUCGUAGUUCCUCCUUAUUCAGGGAAAACUUACAACUUUCGUAGAAUAGAAAUGGAAACCAUUAACCAACUUAUCACUUCUAUCAUCCUUGCACUCUUUGGCAGCAGCAACAAAUUUUGCAUAUUGUUAUAACGGAGGUCUUUAAAAUAAGCAUUAAUUGAAGUAAAGUAACAGAUGCUGAAUAGUUUUGGGUUUCAUUUUAAAACUUAAUCCCACGCCGAUGACAGCACAGUCACCGUUUUCACGGGCCAAGCACAGGCGUCCCUCACAUUAGGACAGCAGCUCAGACAACUCAGUCAUCAGCCGCCUUUAAUUCAACAUCAAAGCAGCAACGGUUCUUUUAGAAGUCGAGUCUGCGUAAUGUGAAAUCAGUGGGAGAGGACCGGGUGGAUUCAGUAAGGUUCUCUUAUGGACUUUAAGAGUGGAUGUGAACAGGUGUGACUCUCACCACAGCUACAUUAAAACCUGACCCUAACCUCAAAGUUUAAGAUAAUUCAUUUUCAUGGAAGCCUCACUGAACAUCAUAUGCUCUUCCAAUGUACCACUGUACAAAAAAAAAAAGAAAAAAAAGGGGGAAAAAAACUUUUAAAAGAAAAAUACUGGGAAAUGGGACUAUUUAUUUCUUUUAAUUUAUUUUGUCAUAUUUUUGUAAGACCUGAAAAAUAGUUAAUAAAACUAUUUCAAAUGCA